AAAGCAUCGGUUUAGAGAGUUUGAGUGGUUUGAACGUCUUUAAUAAUAAGAAAAUCACAGGUUUUGCUGACGGAAAAAGUCCUCCUCACAAUGAAUGUUCCGGGAAAGUACGUCCGUGCACCAUCAUCGAAAAUCAGUUCACCUUCAAAAUCAGGAAAACCGGGGAAAUAUGUCCGUGUUCAGGUACCAGCGAACGACCCAUUCGACCAUUAUUAUUUGGAACCAGUGGACCAAACACAACUGCUGGAAGCUAAGGUUUCCGAGUUGCAAGAAGUGAUUCGGGAGUUAACGAAUACUAGAAACUCCACUACACCUGUUCCGCUUCCAAAAAACGAUGCUGCGUCUAACGAAGGUCCAAUUCGCUGGGACAUCAUAAAGCCUUUCCCAAAGAAUGUGCCUACCUCAAAAAUGUGGGAGGCCUGGAAACGGUUCAUUGAGGACUUCGAGAUUGCAGCCUCACUCGCAAACAUUCGUAAUCAAAAGCGCCGGAUGGACAUGCUUCUGCUCUCCAUGGGGGAUGAGCUCAAAAGUAUCGUACGUGCAGCUAAACUCCGUCCACCUGCGGAUGAUAAUUGUUUCAUAAAAUUUGUGAACAACAUCGAUGUUUACCUCAAAUCGAUGACAGAUCCUGCUGCGGAGCAUGAGGCGUUCUCCAACAUGCGCCAAGAAGAAGGCGAAUCAGCAAUAAGUUUUCACGCCCGCCUUACUGAGAAAGUCCGAUUGUGCGGAUACAGUGAAGCUGAUACUGAUCGGUUCGUCUGGACUCAGCUUACGAAAGGUCUUCGGAAUGCGGAUUUGCGGAAAGAUGCACGGAUAUAUGGUCACGACGUAAACAAAAUUGUUGUUUCUGCUACAAGGGCAGAGGCAUUCGCUUCGGAUUCCAUUCAGCCGGUAAUUGAAAGCUCCGCCAUGACAGUCAGCAGGAAUUUCAAACCGGUUCGAAGCAGUCAACGGUCUCGACCUUUUCGUCAACCAAACUAUCAAGCUCGGGCCAGGAAUCAAAACAGGUAUAAUCCGUAUGGAUCUCAUCGAAGAAACCAAAUUCCUCGGCGAAAAAGGUGCAUAAGAUGUUUCGAAAGCAUACACAUCGAUGAACCAUGCCCUGCAGAGGAUAAACAAUGCUACCGAUGUAGGAAGAUCGGUCAUCUGGCAAAAGCGUGUCGCAAUCCCGAAGUGGAUGUCAUCCAGGACUAAAAGUUUAUCGCUCGUGAACGUGCCAUCGAUAAAACCGACGAACAGGUAACAGAUGAAAUUUGAAUUCCUGAAAUUAAAAAAGAACAAGUAU